AGAGAGAGAGAGAGAGAGAAAUUUAAUAGAGAAGAAACACAGAAUGAGAAGAGUUUUAAAGAGAGAGAACCCAUGAAGAUUGUUACUAUUAGGCUUGAAUUUUGUUCUUUUCCAUUUGGUUUUUAAUUCUCCUUUAUUUCUCUCCCUUUCUGUUCAUUAAACAAUGAAAAUGGCAGAUUCCCAAUCAUCCUUUCCCCUCUAUAGGAAACACCCAUCAUUGCUUCCAGCCAUCCUUUUUUGCCAUGGAAACCUGAGCUUUUAAGUAAUUCCCUUCUUCUUUUCCUCUUCUUCUUUGUUCUUUCAAUUUAAAUAUCUCUCCUUUAUCAUCUUCUCUCCAAUACCUUAUUCCCCUCUCAUUACUUUCAUACGAUGGAUCCUUCAUCCACCACAACCUCUGUCAAUGGCUUCUACUCGUUCCUCACUCGUGGUAUUGAUGAUCUUGAACGAUCUUUCCUCACCACUAACUUCAUGUCAAUUCAAUUCCUUCAAAGGGUUCUCUCCUUAAUUCGAUCCUUCCAUACCCAAUUAACAAUUCUAGUUCAGAAGCUUCAUUUACCUGUGGGAGAAAAAUGGCUGGACGAGUACAUGGAUGAAAGCUCAAGGCUUUGGGAGGCCUGUCAUGUCCUCAAGUCAGGAAUCUCAGGCAUGGAGAAUUACUAUUCUGCAGAAGCUGAGAUUGCUUCAACCCUCGAAGGUCAUCGUAAUCUGACCCCGCAGCUCUUUCGUCAGAUUAACAGGGUAAUCUCGGGCAGUCGCAGAGAGGUUGUGGGUUUGGAAGAAGAGAACAGGGCUUUACUGGAGAACAGAAUCCAAACCCUGUCUCUCAUGUUGGAUGAGAAAGUCUCGAUUGAAUCCAGGCUCAAUGGGUUCUAUGGUUUCCGUGCCGUUCUCUAUGCAAUGAAGAACGUGAGCUCACUUCUUCUGAUGAUCUUGCUUUGUGGAUUGGUUUAUUGUUGGCCGGAAUCAAGUUUCAGACGAGGAGGUUACGAGGGUUGCUUGUUCUUUGGAUCGGCUUUCAUGAUGUCCAUGUCAAGGUUACAGCAGAGAGUAGCAACUGAGAUCAAUCGGAUCGAUGGGAGACCUGGGAUCCUUCUGUACGAGUUCAGGAGGGCAAGGAUAGCCAUGGAUGAACUAAGAGCAGAACUUGAAAGGAGGGCUAGUCAGGGAGACUGUGAAUCUGAGGUUGGAAUCCGGGAGAGGGUGGAGAACUUAAAGGGCUGUUUUGGGGUUUUGAGAUCUGGGGUUGAAAGCAUCAUUGGGCAGCUUGAUGAUUUCUUUGAUGAGAUUGUUGAAGGAAGGAAGAAGCUUUCAGACAUUUGCAGUCACAGGUAGUGAGCUAGUGAGACUAUGAGAGAGAGAGAGAGAGAGAGAGAGAGAGAGAGAGAAAUGUUAAAUAGAAACUGUGAACAAGAAGAAGAAACAGUUGUUGGGGUGGUUGAUCUGUUAGCGACUCUGUUUCCUUAUUUUUUGCAUCUACUUUUUCUUGUUUUCUCUUUGUUUGCAGCUACUACAGUUGAAAGAUUUUGAAGAUGUUUAGGGAAGCUUUUUUUGCUUUUUUUGGGAUGAAGAACACUCUGAAGGAGAGAAAUUUUAGGGAAGAAGUUUUUAAAUAAAAAUGUGGUAUGAAUUCCAUGCAAAGUAA